UACAAGAGGAAGAGGAGGCAUAUGAUGCUGUAUUGGGGGUUCCCAGGUCACAGUCCCCAGACGGGGUACAUGUAAGAGAGGAAGUCCAUCAAGCAGAUUCGACAGAGCGAAUGUGUCAAUUUUCAACGAAGUCCUGCUGUGAUUGGAGUCAGCUUUGCCUUCUUCCAUGCCUUCAUUCUGCCUGCAAGCCAUGCAUUGAUCACCAAGUCACCCAAGCCAAGCAGAAUUACAUACAGUGUCCCUCCUGUGGCCGUGAGUUCAACAUGGAGCAGACAGCAGUGGACCAUGUCGGACGCAAUGAAGCUGCCUAUACUGCUAACGUUGAUGGAGAGAAGAAAUGUAACUACAUCGAAGGAGAUCAUGAUGCAAAGGCUGUGAUGUACUGCCACGAAUGCGAUGACCGGCUCUGUUACGACUGUCUUAAACUGCACAACAGACUAAAACGCAAUCGAACCCACAGAAUGGGUGAGAUCAACCUGGCGGCGAAUAUCCCUAUAAAGCAUUGGCUGAAACAACCUAACUGCAGAGACCAUCCCGACAAUAAGUUGCAGCUGUAUGACCACACAUGUAAGCAGGCAAUCUGCCUUGUGUGUGAUCGAGGGGCCCACAAGGAUCACAAGAAUGAAGACGUGAAUCAUGCCUAUGUGGAAGCAAAGGGUCAGCUAAGGGAGCAGGUGCAGAAGCAACGACUUAAACUGAAAGAUGUCACAGUCAGAAUGACAACUGUCAACAGUCACCAAAACGAACUUGGAAAUAAACAGAGAAAGCUGGAACAAGAUGCCACUACAGUCUUCCAAAGUGUUGCUGUACGGUUCCUUCACCGGCAGAGACAACUCAUGAAGGACAUACAUGCGAGUCUUCAGGCCCCAAAUGAAAUGGUUAAAGAGAAGCUGGACACUUUACAUGACGUCCAUACUUCAAUAGAAUCAACGAUAGACUACACCCAGAGAACACUUGAAUCCACAAGACAGGGGGAGCUCAUUACUCUCACCGGUGUACUACAGAAGAAAUCUGAUGAAAAUCUGAAGAGGAAGCUUCCAGAAGAUAACACACACGACACGAGAGUCCUUCUUUCCUUUCAAGGACAGAAAGCCCUGAUGGAACUAAUCGACACAUUUGGUGGUCUUGCCUCCAGUCUCGACUUGGAUCAUUUUCCAGAUAAACAGCCUACUUUACAGGAUCUCCAUAAACAGAAUAAACAGCUGGCAUUAAAAGAAGAAGAAACCAGCGCGGUACAUGAAGGGCGGUGGCAUCGGCUUGGGGAGAUGAUCCGUCGCAUCACAGGUUCUGCUACAAGUGGAGAUGGAUCACAGGGACUCCAACCUGAACAGCUCACACCACAGGAUCUCCGACAUGAACAGCUGACACAACAGGAACGCCGACCUCAACAGCUGACACCACAGGAAGUUUACGAAGUCACAUGUUUCAUACUCGGAGCAUCCUUCCUUUCUGAGUCGCCUUCACGUGGUUUAUUAUUGAGAGGGUACUCAAGUCCAAUUCACAUCAUCAACAAGAACAGAAGUGUCAUAUUCAUCACAUGUAGUUCAGAUCUAGUCUAUGUCAACAAGGAAAAGGUGGAAGCUCACCACAAAAAACAACUUGCUGAAAAAGAUGGGCAAAUAGCUGGCAUGCACUCUGCAAUGGAAAGACUUGAGGAACAAGUUAAACAAAAAGACACAGACUAUGCUGAACUGGAAGAACAACUUAUAAAAGAAAGAGGGGAUCUCACAACACAGAUAGAAAAGAAGAAUGAGGAAGUUGAAGCUGUGAAAACAAAAUUGUCAAAGGCAAAUGAUGAGUUGCUGCAUAUUCGAGCAAAAUGUGAAACAGUGGAGAAGAGACUACAAGAGGAAGAGGAGGCAUAUGAUGCUGUAUUGGGGGUUCCCAGGUCACAGUCCCCAGACAGGGUACAUGUAAGAGAGGAAGUCCAUCAAGCAGAUUCGACUGAGCGAAUGUGUCAGUUUACAACUCAGUCCUGUUGUGAUGGGAGUCAGCUUUGCCUUCUUCCAUGCCUUCAUUCUGCCUGCAAGCCAUGCAUUGAUCACCAAGUCACCCAAGCCAAGCAGAAUUGCAUACAGUGUCCCUCCUGUGGCCGUGAGUUCAACAUGGAACAGACAGCAGUGGAUCAUGUCGGACGCAACGAAGCUGCCUAUACUGCUAACGUUGAUGGAGAUAAAAAAUGUAACUAUAUUGAAGGACAUCAUGAUGCAAAGGCUGUGAUGUACUGUCACGAAUGUGAUGACCUGCUCUGUUCCGACUGUCAUAAACUGCAUAAAACACCAAAACGCAAUCGAACCCACAGAGUGAGUGAGAUCAACCAGGCGGAGAAUAUCCCUAUGAAGCAGUGGCUGAAAGAACCUAACUGCAGAGACCACCCUGACAAUAAGUUGCAGCUGUAUGACCACACAUGUAAGCAGGCAAUCUGCCUUGUAUGUGAUCGAGGGGCCCACAAGGGUCACGAGAAUGAAGACAUGAAUCAUGCCUAUGUGGAAGCAAAGGGUCAGCUGGAGGAGCAAGUGCAGCAGCAACGACUUAAACUGAAAGAUGUCACAGACAGAAUGGGAACUGUCACCAGUCACCAUAACGAACUUGGAAAUAAACAGAGAAAGCUGGAACAAGAUGCCACUACAGUCUUCAAAAGUGUUGCUGUACGGUUCCUUCACCGGCAGAGACAACUCAUGAAGGACAUUCAUGCGUGCCUUCAGGCCCCAAAUAAAAUGGUUAAAGAGAAUCUGGACACUUUACAUGACGUCCAUACUUCAAUAGUAUCAACGAUAGACUACAGCCAGAGAACCCUUCAAUCCACAAGACAGGAGGAGCUCAUUAUUCUCACCGGUGUACUACAGAAGAAAUCUGAUGAAAAUCUGAAGAGGAAGCUUCCAGAAGAUGACACACAAGACACGAGAGUCCUUCUUUCCUUUCAAGGACAGAAAGCCCUUAUGGAACUAAUCGACACAUUUGGUGGUCUUGCCUCCAGUCUCGACUUGGAUCAUAUUCCAGAUAAACAGCCUACUUUACAGGAUCUUAAUAAACAGAAUAAACAGCUGGCAUUAAAAGAAGAAGAAACCAGCGCGGUACAUGAAGGGCGGUGGCAUCGGCUUGGGGAGAUGAUCCGUCGCAUCACAGGUUCUGCUACAAGUGGAGAUGGAUCACAGGGACUCCGACCUGAACAGCUGACAUCACAGGGACUCCGACCUGAACAGCUGACACCACAGGAUCUCCGACCUCAACAGCUGACAUCACAGGAAGUUUAUGAAGUUGUCACACGUUUCAUACUCGGAGCAUCCAUCCUUUCUGAGUCGCCUACACGUGGUUUAUACUUGAGAGGGUACUCAGGUGCAAUUCACAUCAUCAGCAAGAACAGAAGUGUCAUAUUCAUCACCUGUCCUAAACUCCAUCUGGCCGCUCCUCGAGCCAACACAUACUGGUGCCAUGUAACUACAGACGAUGAGCUGGUCAACUCGCGACCCGCCACUCAACCCACGUUCCAUAGGGGCAGGCUAAUAUAUGCCUUUGGCAAGUGUACCUCCACCCCCAUCCCACUUGAUCUAUCCCCCUCUAGUGUCACCCCUGCCCCCAACACAGCCCGAUACUGGGAAACCCACUCCAGGGUGGGUGUGGUGAGUGCAUUGUAUGAGUCGCCUGUCCUGGAUAUGGGUGUAGUGGAGGAGAGCCAGGACAGUGGGACGUAUUUUUAUCAACAGCGCCGCUCCUGGGGUGUCAGUGUAAGGAGCUGCACCAGACACUCGGGGAGUAUCUGUACCGGGGUGUGGCAGGAGGUUGAGAAGGGGAAGUGCUACAGAAACACAAUGUCUGACACACCCGGCAAACAGGCCACCCUCCACUAUGGAGUUGUGCUGGAUGUUGGGAGGGGUAGAGUGGCCUUUAUCGACCUGGACAGAGAGGUUGUUCUAGCAAAGGCUGAUGUAGAGUUUCGUGGGGCUCUUCUCCCUGUGUUUGGUGUUGGUACGGCAAAUGGCUUCACAGUAAACAUGAAGUUGAUCAGCGGGGAGGAGAUCGUCAUGACUGACACAAAAAGAUCACUCAUUAAUGAAGCCCUGCCCUAAGGAAUGAACUGAACAUGACACUGUGUAAACUUGUAAAUGUGACAUAUCUACUUAAACUGUCAAAUACAAUACAACAAUAGUGAAGAGGAGGUCGUAGAA